UUUGCACACCGACCGAGAACUGAAUUGAUUUGCGAACGGUAAAAGAGUUAUAGGAUAUUGGAUGGUUGUGGGUGAUUUUGGGGGAAACUUCAAGACUCCUAUACAUCUGUGCGUAGGGCGAAAUAGGAAUAUUGGCAUCUAAAUAGGUUGGUCUAAUGUACGGUAUAGUGUCUGUACAUGGUCGUUUGGAAUCGUUGCCAAUUUUCGCUGACCGGAAGAUAAUAGACUACAUUUGGAAACAUUCACUUUCAAGAAGUUGGACAUAAUUUGAUUUAAUAUUAUCUAACAAUUGUGAUUAUUUUCUUCUAUGAUAUAUUAACAAGAAAUAAAGUGACAGUCAUAUAUUAUCAGAUUAUAACAGGAUCAACAAAAAGUGCCAUAGAAAAGUUUUAAAAAUUCCUGUCACUAGAUUAUGAAAAAUAAAUUGACUCUUAUGGGGAUUUAAAGCGGAAAUGACAUAACGUACAUUGCCGACAGAUAUGAUUAUGAUGCAAACUAGUUUAUGGACGACAAACAGACGCUAACGAACUACCUAGAUGUAGUGCAAUAAUGCAAUACAAAUCACAGGGACAGACACAAAUUCAACACAGCGGAGCCUCUCCUUGCCCUACAGUAUUCACUGCCAACACACCGCUUGCUGUCCUGCCGACCCAAGUGUUGAUGUGGGGGACUAAUACACCAGUAUGGUAUCCCCUGCAUGGUUGUUCCUCACUGGGAUAGCGGCGCUGCUGGCGGUCGAUGGUAUCAAGGCCGACAAGGGUUACGACGAGCGUUGGCCAAGCGACUUUUCAGCAGAAGGGGUGUUGAUUAAGAAUCUACUUGAGGGGUACAAUAAGAGGGCCGGUAAAUACGCCCGACCAGUUUUUAACCACACCCACGCCGUGCCCGUACGACUCAUGCUACAACUAAUCCAGAUUAUUGACCUUGAUGAAAAGAACCAAGUCUUGAAAUUGAACCUUUGGACAAACUACUACUGGAUUGACGAAUUUCUCCGAUGGAAUCCAGACGACUAUGCAGGUGUCAGUGAAAUACGGAUACCUUCUGACCUGAUCUGGACGCCAGAUAUUAAACUCUAUAACUAUGCUGACACGAGGAAAGAUGAACGUAGGGACGCCCUUUGUGUUUUAAGUUAUGAUGGAAAUAUAACCUGGGGCCCGCAAGGCAUAUAUAUGAGUUCUUGUGAAAUCAAUGUUAAUACAUUCCCCUUUGAUAAACAAACGUGCCAUCUGAAAUUUGGAUCUUGGACUUAUGAUGGCUCAAAAUUAAACUUGUCAUUUUAUGGCGAAAAAGAGCAAAUGAUUACGGAUGACUAUUUUGUGCCAAAUAAAGCAUGGACAGUGCUCGAGACGCCUGGUAAAAGAACAGUGGAAAUGUAUACAUGUUGUCCGAACCCAUAUAUAGACAUCACGUACACAGUCGUGUUUAGACGCUCGGCUACAUUUUAUACAUACAUUUUAAUUGUGCCAUGUGUGCUUUUGACAACAUUGACGCUAGUUCUCUACUGGAUACCGCCAGAAUCACCUACAAAAAUGGCUCUAGGUAUGAGCAUAUUCAUGGCGUUCUUUGUGUUGUUGCUUCUGUUUGAAGGCAACAUGCCACCAGCUUCAGAAGACGUACCCAUCCUUGGAACGUACUAUUGUCUAAACAUGAUACUGAUUACAACAUCGACAUUCCUGAACGUGUUUGUUGUCAACUUGUCAUUUUAUGGGUCGAGGGCAGCGAUUCCAAAGUUGAUGAAAACGGUGAUGUUUGAAUACGUGGCUAGGAUACUGUGUAUGGACAAUUUAGUUCGACCCUUCCUGGAAGCGGACAAGAAACGGCUUAUACCAGUAGCUAUCCCAGGGCUAGGACUGGUCAAUGGUGGCAAUGGAAAAUUUCAAAAGAAUUGGAAAGGAUCUACAGAGCUGCUAUCUAACCGAAAAGAUGAACUCCAAAUUGAUCCUCAGUUAGCUGAAAUUGAUUCGAAACUCGCAGAUGUGAAAGAAUUCAUAGCCGCAUACUUUGAACGGCUAGAUGACAAGGACAGAAGAGAGAAAUUAGCAAAAGAAUGGAAGGCUGUCGGGUUGAUAUUUGACCGCCUGUUUUUCUGGAUAUACUUGGUUACGAUACUGACCUCGUUAUCCGUGGUAUUGUCUGUGAUCUUUUUGGGCAGUUGAUAAUUAGCGGGUCAUUUGUUCCCAUACUGAUUGUCACUUCGGAAAAUAAAAUCCAGGACAGUUAUGAAACAAAAUGUCGGUAAAAAUAAUUUCAACUUUGUCGACAAACGCAUGAACAACCGCGUUGUAUGAGAAGAUCAAACAAAAAGAAAUUAAACUGUGUUGAUAAAAGGAUAGAACUAACCAACCUGGUUUCUUAACAUUAAUGUCUUGUAAACAUCGCUCUCCUCUCUCAGCUGACGUUAAUUGUUGACAGCCUCCUUACUUCUCUUAACUGACGCGAAGAUUUGAAAUCUCCUUGAGGUUUCCUAUCUGGCAUUAAGUAUUGAAAACGCUCUCUUACUGUUAACUGGUGAGAAUUGUUGGCGGUCUCACUUAACAGGUGUUAAGUGUUGAACGUCGAAAGCGACCUAAGGCAUUCCUUACCUUGUAUGUGACCCCUUUCUGGUCGUCUUGAAUGUUUACCUACUUUUAUCUUUAUAUUCUCUAUGAAGCUUUGUGUAUGCUAUUUAUUGAUGUAUGUACAGUACAGUGGUCUUGUUGUACACGCAUUAUGUUCCUCACGCACACCGUAAGUAUUAUGUCACUGUUGUAUUUUUGCCUCAGAAUUAGUACUUUAAUGUGUUCGAUUGACAAAUUAGUGUUAUUUCAUCGAGCCAUCGGCGAUCAUGUUAAUUGUUGUUGACUGAUGACCCUAUAUAUAUUUUGUAUCAUUUGAAAGAGUGUUGCAAGCUGAUAAGUAAUUAUGUAAAAUUUAUGACCGAGGAAAACACUAAAGAAAAAACGAUCAGAUUUUGUGUUUCAAUUCAAACCAAAUAACGAAACAACCUUAUUUCCAAUCAGUCGAACCUCGUUGGCUCGAAUUUAUUUGGUUCGAUUUCUUUGUUAGCUUGAACUGGAUGUAAAGGGCCGAUAAUAUUGAAAGAAAAGCAUUCCCGCUUGGCUCGAAUUUCCCAAGGCUCGAGGUGUUUUGUCGGUCCCUGGGAGAUCAAGCCAACGGGAUUCGACUGUUGUAUUGUUUUCAGUAUAUUUUUACAUACGCGUUUUCUUUUUCUUCAUUAAGCCUUUUUAAAUGAUACCAAAAUAUACGGCGUCCAAAAUUUACAUAAUCGUACAUCGGAUAAAAUUUCCCAAAUUUUAAAAAGACAACGGUAUGGUACAAGAACAAGUAUUCAGCGUGCAGUUCUUUUAUCAAUUUUGUUUGGUAAGGUACAACAGUAAGACAUCAUUUAAAAUGGGAAAAAUGACACUUAAUUCUGUACAAAUAUGAAUGAGUGAUUUUGUCGCUUUAAGUGCAUCAUAUUGUAGCUUGACUAUGAUAUAUAGUUUGAACAUAUUGUCGUUCUUCAGUUGUGUUGACAUGCUUCUGCAAACUCUCUUACAUUUCUUCUCAAAUCUGUCAAACCUGUCACUCACUCGACCUGUGUUUGGUUAGUAAAUUACUAUACAUCAUGGGAUAAUUGUGUUAGACCAUAUAUUAAUAACUAUUUUGUUUAAAUAUUUUUAAAAAAAUCCACGUAAAAUGUGACAAAUAGUACGAAGGAGCAUCUGACCCAGUUUACGUAAGCAUGUUGCUCUGGUUUCAUUUAUGUCGAUUUGAGCAACACUAUAUGUUUUGAAGAAUUGUUUAUGUCAUUUAAGUUAUUUUUGUAAGAAAUGUAAUCAAUAACUUACAGGGUUUCCAAAGUCUGCGGUAGUGGUGCCUUAACAAGUCAGUUUAUGGGUUGUAGUAUACUAUAAACAAACGAAGGCAUAGUUUACUAAGCAAAUGAGUUAGAUACAACUGUCAAGUACCAUAUUAUAAUUAAAGAGUACAAGACACCAGAUAAUCCCAGCAUCGGCAAAUACAGUAUUUCCUCAAAACAAGCCCAGAUUUGUCAAUACGAGCCCAUAUGAGGCCGAUAAUACAUCAAAUUAUUUAAUAAAAAAUAAUAGUUCGUCGUUGUCUUAGCUGAGUAUAUCUGUUUAAAAAUAGUGAUUUUUGGUUUCCCUGUUUUAGUGUGUAUAUUAAGCUUAUGAAAGGCACGUGAUAAAUACAAUUGCAGAUACCGACGCUAUUUUUAAAUUUACUGGUGUUUACGUGGUAAACAAACCCAGUAAAUUUCGAAUUUGAAUGUUACGCAAAAACUGCGAAAGAUACAUUUAAUUCAAUUCAAUUCAAUACUUUAUUGCCUCGAGUAAGGAAGACAUGUGAAUAUGAAAAUAAAUAGAUAAUGAGGAAAACACACUGGUCAUCUGGUGUUUUGUCCCUUUAAAGAAAGCAACGCAUGUACUGGUAGGGAACCACAUUUUUGCCCCGUACCAAUUAUUCGCCCACCCUGUUAAUUCCUUGUUUCGCAAAUAUAUUGCAAUUGUUUUCGCAUACAAAUUAUGUUGUGUGUAAAUGAAACUUCGAAAUAGGAAAACUAAUGUUUAUUUCUAGUUAGCAAUUUAUCUGCAAUAUUGAAAUUGCACGAGGUUGUGCUAUAUUAUUUCCAGUGGAAAUUAUCAACUGCAACCAUUCAGCAAAAUGGAAAUAAAUUAUUCCGCCCCAAAAAUACCCGCUUAAAUAGGGAAACAGGUUUAAUUUAGGAAAGAAAUAGAAAGCAAUAACAAUAUUUUGUUGUCAAUCAAGAAAUUGUUUUGAUGAUAAUAUAAAUUAUUUCUAAAGAGGGCGAACUAUUUGUACAGAACCUGUUAUUUUUGUGGAAACGUCUGAGUCUGCUUGGCUCGUGGAAUCGUUUAAAGAAUUAGCGUAAACUAUACAUUUUAUCACACUGUUUUUUAGUUCAGGGGCCUAACUUUCUUCCUGUGAAAUGGAUUAAAGAAAGAUAUAGUAUUUCAAAACAUAUUCACGAAAACCCAACAUUUCCGAUCGAAAAAGGUCCCUAACCAGUACUUCAAAAAUUAUUUUCGAUUAACGUUCAUAAGUGUACAGGAAUUGUAGUAAAUCAGGUUUAAAGGCACUCAACUGUCGUCCUCAAUGGAGUUUUCAUGAGAUAAAGGAGUGUUAUAGAAAUGUUCAAACUAGUUUAGUCAUUCCAUGCUACACAUUUGGCAUACAUGAAGUAUUGUAUCAGUAUUGUUCACAUAGUUCAUGCAUUUGAAACAUGUGUUUCUUUUGUAUAAGAAGAGCUUCCUGUUGACUUAAUGUGCAGGUACCUAAUACUGUAGAGGGGCAUUUUAUUUUUAUCUUAUAUUUAUUAUGUAUGUCAUACAUGCACGUGCAUUACCGGAAAGAUAUCCCCAUGUAAAAUAGGUGUUCAUCUAAAUAAAAAUGUUGAUGUAUGAAAUACCUAGGUAUACAUGUGCUUUAUAUGCAUUUCCCAAUGACAACAACAAAUGUAUCUUUAUAUAUAUACAGCGUAAAUAAGUAUGUAUGUGUAUCAUGUUGUACAUUUUUACUGGAAAAUAGCAUGAGUAGAAGGUAAAGGCCGAAUAUCAAACAUUCGAAAAUGAUAUCCCAGUUUAGGUACAAACAUUUUGUGUCUUUCACAGUUUUAUGCAUGUGUUAUCGUGAGUAUGUUCCGUGUACAUACUACGUGAUUUUACGUCAAAUGUAAAACGAAUAUUGAUGGUUAUUUCGGACAUUUUUUCAUCCGAAAAUGAGAGUUUUUUUUUCACUCAUCAGUAUUUCCUAGAAAAGACUUAUUACAUAACACCAGGCGCAUAUGACCACAUGGAUUAGAUAAGUGUACGUAAAAGUCAAUCAAAAACUAUUCGGUAUAUCAAAUGAGGAAGAGCGACAAGCAAUCUGGUAAAUUAUUUGUCACCCAUUCUCGCCUAAAUACGUACACCCAUUAUCUAUGUAAUCAGCUUGCGAUUACUUACCAUUUUUUAAGAAAAUAGAAAUGAUGAGAAAUCGAUAUUUUCCGGCAGAAAAAAAAUCCGAUUUACGCAUUAAGUAUCGGCUUACAAAUGACGUGUAUACCGUGUUAAUAGAAUUGACUUUUUUAGAAUUUUGUUAUUUUCAAGAAAUCCACGCUUUCUGUGCGAAGUAAAUCAAAAUUCCUGUUUUUUUAUUUGAAAACAUUACCGCAAGAGGGCAAGAGCAGUGCUGCUUUGCAACUCAAACUUUUUCGAACUGUUUAUCACAAUUUUCAAAUAAUCGUCGUAAAAUAUGCUUAUAUUACAUAUAUGUUUUACAGUGUUCUUUCAUUUGAAAAAUAUAAUGAUUAAAGAACGAAAAUUGACAUAAAUGGCAUGUCAUAAUUGUGAAGGCUCACAACGGACAUACACGAAAUUGCUAUUGUGAUGUUUAGUUUUAUUUUGUGUUUGUAAGCAAAAAUACCUCUAUGCAUUGACUUUAUGAACUGUCUAUACAGUACACAAAUAUGCAUCAACUCUAUAGAUUUAUGUAUCACUGUAUACAGCGUCUUCGAUUUUGAGAUAUUAUUACGAACAACGAAAAUAAAAUUGAUGCAGUCGCGAAAUUGAAUGACGCCUAGCCGGUCCGAUUUUAAUACACAGAGCAAAUUUUGAUGCACAUAGCAGUUUCUAAAAACACAGAGUAUUUAAAUAAUUAAACGAGAGCGAACUUGAUCCGAGCUAAGCGUCAUGUCAAUAAAGUUAAAGCUUCCAGAAUUUACGGGUUAGUUCUUCGCUAGUUAUUUAAUUGGGCCCAGAUAUUAUAAUCGUUAAGGGCGCGUAAUAUGAUAAUUUUAUUUGUAUUAAACCUACCAGUAUUCAGGGGCGUAGCUUGACGUAAAUAAAUGUGUUGGCCACUUUCUCGGGGGUCUACCCUCCCGAUUUUUAUUUUCACUAGGUUGUCGUAGGUGCGUUUUGUUGUAAAAAUAAAUAAAUGAAAACAACAAUAUUACUGUGUUUUACCUUGAAUUAAAUCUAUAUCAAGGCGUAAUUAUCGGGAUUUCAGAUUUAAGACCCUAACCGCCUAUGCCUUCAGUUUUUAUUGCAGAUUUGGCAUUUUUAUUAUUUCGUUUUCUGAGCAAAAUGUGUAGGCCGUGGCCUACACGGCCUAAAGGAAGCUACGCCCCUGCUAUUAAAUGAGAAAGUAUUAUUUUAUUUGAUAAAACCUUUCGACUUUAAAUGUCUGGUCCGUCAAUAUUUAAGCAUAUGACUAUAGCAUCCAAACAUAAUUUUUAAACCCCAAAAAGAUAAAUGACCUUAGUAAAAAUGUCCAACAUCAGAAUGGAUAAAAACAAUUAAAUGACAGUUAUAUCAAUACAAGGGCAUGUUUUAGAAUUAUGCCCAUUUAAUCUUUAAUAUAAUACGCAAACUAUAAACCAUAGUAUUGUAAAGUUAUAGAGAAUCACCGGAUUUAAUUCAUAUUCAUUUAUGUGUAUUAAAUUGCAAACGAAACAGAAAGUAAAACCAUUUUGCCUUACAUUACCAUGUUGAACAUAGAUAAACAAAUCUAAAAGCCCUGUCUUAGAAUUUUGAAUAAAAACUUUUUUUUACAUUUUUUUAAAUAGGUUAAAUAACUUCAUAUUUAAAUGCCAACCUCUUACGUCGAACAUAAGGACUGUUUUAGUGAAAUUGUGUUUGUUAAAACUCCAUUCGGGUUAAAAAAAACUGCCUCUUUUGCGUGCCGUCAAGACAUCUUAAAAAUAGUUUUAGUCUUAAGAGUAAAUUUUGAAAAUUGUUAUCAUUCUAUAAAAAGUAAUUAAAUUCUUUAAAUGGCGUUUUCAUUUAAACCUGAAUACCCAUAUUUUAAUUACAAUUCUAUUCAAUUCAAUAUUCUUUAGUUCCACCAAUUAUUGAUUAUCAUUCAAAAUGAAUGCAAAUAUGCAAAAAAAAAAUGAGAGGAACAAUCAAACACAAAUAUAUGGAUUAGCAAUUACACAUCUUCCAAAUGUUUACCUUGUUCAGAGAUAUAAACAAAAAGAUAAAUAUUGUUCUAUAUGUACAGUUCAGACGAUGUUAUUUGUGUUAUAUGUACACACAAGUGUCACAUAACCUUUAAUAGUCGAAUGUUGAUUUGUUUCACUUUAGAUGUUUGUAUAUUAUUGCUCAUUAACAAUUGAUCGAAGAUCAUUCUCCCGUUGGGGGAGAAAUGCAUGAAAUAGUUGAGCCGGGUUUGGAACGAAUCAUUCUGAACUCCUCGGCCAUUUUCUAUCGAAACAAACAUGAAUGUAUGCCAGUACAUCAGUAUAAGUAGUUCGUAAACUUUUGAUUAUAGUAUUAAUUGUAUUAAGCAUGUAUUUAUAGAACUAAGUUUAAAUUGUUUGCCAGUGAAGUGUAUUAUUGCAAACAUAAUUAAGCUUCCUAAGAGUUAAGUCAUUAAGUUUAACUGCUAUAUUGAAAUUACUACACGAUCUUCUUGCAGCGUAGUUGUACCGAUUUCUGACAUUGUAAACUGUCCAUAUUCAUCCGGUUGUUGCGACAGAAAAUGACCGAGGAGUUCCGAAAGGGGUCGAAUUUGGUUGUACUACUUUGUUUUGAAUGAUUCCAGCUCAAACGCAAUUGUAUACAUAUUUAUACAUGUUGUUAUGAUGAAUGCGGAUUUUUUUAUGCUUUUGAUAAUUCAUUUUUUAGUGAACUUACCUUACCUACAAAUUUUCAUCUACGUCGGAAAUUGGAAAGUUUUCUUGAUUUUUGUUUUCCUUCUUAAGUAUGUUUUUUUUUUUUAUAAAUCAUGUUUGCAGUGAAAAAUAUUGAUGGGAAAAUUGUAAUCACGUUUCAUUUUCAUACAAUUUCGACGAUAUAUUAAAAGGCUUGUUUAUUUUCAUUUACAUACAAUUUCGACGAUAUAUUGUAAAAAGUAGUACCUUUCGAUCUUAAUUGUAUAAACAGCGUAUCUUUGCCCUGUAAAAUAACCUAUAUUAGUCAUACAUCAUACGACACCCUUUAUGUUACGGGUAGAAUAUAUAUUAUGAUGCUAUAACGUUUUUUAUUGAAACGCAGUUUACGCCAAAAAACAGGUAAAACCAGGAAACUUACGAAGUUAAAGCUUCACUCAAACAGACUGACCGUUUUUGGCAACUUUUUAUUUAUUUUUUCUUGGAAUGAUCAAAAUGUUGCAUAAAUGUCUGAAAACUGGUGAUAUAAGACUGCUGAUAGAAGAUCAGAUCACAGUUUUUUUUUAAAUAAUUACGCUCGAAAUUUGAUGUUUCAUGGCAAAAAGCUUUAGGAAAAAUGAAAACAUCGGCAGUUUUCCAAACAAUAAAGAUUUGUUCUGUUAUAUGUUUUUUUCUAAAUGACUGAUUUGAAAACACUGAUUCAUCAAUCAGCUGAUUCUGAGAUAAAAAUUCAAAAACGUUUUGUAAAAGCGGUCAAUCUGUAAGAGUACAUUUUUAAGCCUUACGGUUAUUUUUUGAAACCGGGCCCAGAAGAGUUUUUUUCAAAACAAAUUCACCACUAACCGUGCCCAAUAUAAGCUAAACAGAACAGAACAGACCAGAACUUUUAUUAGGCAUAAACAUUAACAUGUUCGUAGCCAUAUGCAUAUAUAUACUUUCACGGCGACAAUAUAAAACAGUUUUGGCAUUAGUGUUGUAUGAGAAGAGCAUAAAAUCAAGAACAAAUAUAAAUAUAGCUAUUCAAAUAAUAAUAAUAAUAAUAAGCAAUAAUUAAAUUAAAUUAAAGCACUUUUGCGCUUUUCAGUGGCAAUAUAAACAAAUUUCGCAAGUUUCCUUAAUAAUGCUGCAUUUUCAGAACUUAACAAAAUACAUUAUAACGUUGUAUGAUUUACAAAAACAAGUAUCAGAGAAUUCUUAGCACUGAAAAAGAUCAUAUUAAAACAUUUUCCAGAGCUUGAGCUUUUCAAAACAUUUCCAAAUUUUAUGGCAAUCGGAUACAUGUUGUUAUUCUUUAAAUUAAUGUUGUUUUCAAAGUUUGUUUUUUAUUUAAAAUUAUUCAGGUUUUAAAUUUUCGUCUGGCUCAUCUCACCGUAUGGUUAUAAUGGAAAUAUGUAUGUCUUUUUAUAACAAUAAUUGUUAAACUUAUACAGUACAAUGUACAUUGUAAAUGUAGAAAAGUACUCGUUAACCGUUUUGUGAUCGUCAUGUGUGUUGUUACUGUAUUUGUUGUUACAAAAAUGUUGUUAAUAUGUGGACUGAUUUCUGUCAUUUCGUGUUUUCUUUCCAAAAAAAUAUGCAGUUGCGGGGCGAAAAUACGAAAAACGCCAAUUGGCGGGGCGAAAAAAACGACGGAUUAUUACUUCGUAUUUCCGUCCCGCCAUUCUGCGUUAUAUAAAUAUCUCUUUUCUUUCGCUAUUUUCGCGGCGAAAAUGCGAAAUGGCAGAACUCAGCUACCAUAACAAUGAAUUUCACAGUGAUGUGUUUUUGUUACACCUUGACAGCUAUUUAUUGGUUACCAGUAACAUGCAAUUGUCGUUAAUAUUAUUCGUUUAAGUGUUCAAAAAAUGCAGUAUUGUAUAAUAUUUCCGUCUGGCCGAAAUAUUACCAUACUAAAUAAAUGUAACUUAUUAAUUGUUUUAGACAUGUUUAAGCAAAAGCAUCAUUUUAAAUAUGUUGAACAGUCCUGCAUUAAAAUCUUAGAAUGUGAUAUUGUUAUUGAUAUUAAGUGUAUAUGGUUAUUUUUUUAUUGUCAUAAAUUUGCCGCCGCGCGCGAUUUCGGGCAUUUGGACGUAAUUAUUACAAAUGAAUUAACGAUUCAUUUUGUAAAAAGGUUCCAGAUAAGUUUAAUGUGCUUUACUUAAUACUGCAAAACUUCCUUUUUGCAGAAGGAGUGCUAUUGUUGCAUAUUUUUUCAUUAUGAUUCUUAAAAAAAUAUUCAAAUAAUGUAUCCGUACCAGCCAGGCUUCUUUUUUUUUGUUUUAUUUUGAAUAAGCUGAUAUAGUCAUUUUCAACUUAAGUCCUAAAUAUAGACAUUAUAUUCGUAAUAUUUAUUUUAUAUUAAUGCUUUAUAUAUCGGUUCCAUGCUAGUAUAAACACUUAGAUAAAAAAAAAACAUUUGAAAUAUUUAUACAAUUAAUUCAUAAAGUGUCAUUUCAACAAUAUUAUUUCGAAUUGACGUCAUAAGCAAUCGUCAUAAGCACCACAUGGCCUCACGUUACCUCAAAUGUCAAUGUAUUGAAAUAGGAAAUAAAAAAUAGGAGCAAAUGUAUGCCUUCAGACCGAAAUUAUGUAAAGUGGCUGUAUAUAUAGAAAGUUUUUGUUAUGUUUUUCAAAUUGUACCGCCAAAAUAUUUGGCAAAAUAUUGGUUUUCAAUUGUUUAACGUCGUUUUCUUGUGGUGCAGAAAUUGGUGCAAGCUUUCACAUUUUAGUACGAAAGGAUGUGCCAAUUGCUCAGAACUUCGUUAAAGUUAACAGCGUGUUAAACGACAGCGUUGUUAACUUUUAAACGUGAAUUAGUUGAUGACGUGCUUACAUAAUAAAUAAGGACAGCUGAAAAAGUUGUCUCAAAUUGUGUUAGAAAGACAGCAGGUCACAAGUGAAUCCAAUAAACUUCCAGGGCUGUAAAGAUUCGAAAGUUAACAACAUUGGCGUUAACAACAUUGGCGUUAACAACAUUGGCGUUAACAACGUUGUUUACUUUAUCAAAAGUUCUGAACAAUCCGCCCAUUGUAUUUCAAUUCAAAUCAAAAGCACGCUCACUAAUAUGUAAUUAUACUGUAUUUGUAAAUUUGGAUGUUAUAAAAAAAUCAAGCAAAUAAAACCAUA